UAAACUAGUUUAAGGACAAAAGCAGAUGAAAGACUCUGGUUGAAAAUCCUGUAAUAAGUGACAACAUGGCAACAAUUAAACUGGAUGAUUUAUUUGGGAAAAAGACAGAGGUUCCACAAGUGCUUGACUUAUCACGAAGUACUAUACAGUCCAAGGAAGAGUUUCAAAGGCUGCUUGAUAAGGUUCCUGAGUACAAGAUAAGACCAGAAAAGGUACGAGAAGAAGAUGUGAAAGUGCAUGACAAAGACUUCACUUUCCAUCCUUCAAAGCGAGAAAUCAAGCAACGGGACUAUGCUUAUGCAAAUCCAAUCCCACCUGAUAUGCGUGCUGUGGCACUUGAAGACCUCAAUCCAGUUGCUAUUGACUGGAAAAUGCUCACUUCUAUCCGCCCCAAAUCCAAGUUAGAAGAAGAAAUGUUUUCUAGACUGGUCACAAUGGGAAAGCUCCACUUACGAACUGCAGCUCAAGAAAAGAGAGCAACAAACGGGCCAAUCCACAUCCAUCGGAAGAAGAAUCGGGCAGGAAUCACUGAAACACGAGCAGCAGUUUGUGCAGAAUGUGGAGAAGAAUUCUGCAGUGGGCUUAGCUGUGGUGAGUUCCUGUAUGACUCUUACCUACGCAUGGAUAUUGGAACACUGCACAUAGAUCCCUCUGGCAAUGAUGCUUCAAGUGGGAGGGGCUUUUCACCCAUCAGAGAAAGAACAAAGUCUGGAAAGAAGAAAAAGAAACAAAAGCAAUCACGCAGUGCAAAAAGGAAGAAAAAAGGAAAGUUUAAAGGUGGGAAAAAAAGUGCUAAAAAGGAAAAGGGUUGAUACAAGUCAAAUUAAAUUACAUUUCGCCUUAAGAAUUGCAUGUCAUAUUUACACCUACUUUCAGUAGUUUCUGAUGUCUGCAAUAAGGAAGCAAAAUACUGAGACGUUUCUAUCAAAAGACAAUGACACACACAGAAUGUAAUAAAAUUCUGUAGCUGUGCUGCUCUUACUCUUGGAUUUCCUUUUCAUUCACAUGACUGUACUGAAUGCAGGGUUCUCAGUGCUCCUGCUUGAGUACAAAACAUAGCUUUUGCUCAACAGGAAAAGCUGUGUUACAAACUACA